UCUGUUGUGAGAUGAGGAAGAAAGUGAGGAGGAAGGAGUGCGCUGAACUCUGACAAGCUUCCUGCAAACAAGUCUGCUUGUUAACAAGCCAGAGAAAACAACAAUUUGGAUUCUUUCAGCCUUUGUCAUUUUGAGAUUGUAUAGUGUAAUGUAAUUUCUGUGAAGAUGCACUGAAGAUAAAAAGAAGAUGGAAAUGGAGGAGACUGGUGAAACAAGGACUUCCUGGUCUGUGCCACUGGGAGAGACGCACUCCAUGGCCUGUGACCAUGCUGGGAAGAAGAGAAAACAAGAUCCGACCCCUGAAUCUGUAACCAGAAUCAUAGAGGAUGAAGAGGAAGACGAGGAGGGUGAAAUGAUGUCCGACCACAUGAAGGAUUCAGAGGAGCCCAGCAAUAAAAGGGUCAAACCAGUGGCAAAGUCCAAUAGCCUGACAGGUGUCAUAACCCCAGUGAAGACCCCCGCUCUGAAACGCAUUGGACAGUCCAUUUCGCGGUCCAUCAGUUUUCGCACAGAGGCUCGGCCUUUGCCCCCGGCCCCCCUGCGCCCUCGUACUAAGGCCUCAUCAUUUCCACGCCGACGCAACAGCCAGUGCUGGAGUGACACUGUGGAGAGCCACGACUUUACAGUAAAGGAGAUCAAACGUCAAGAGGUGAUCUAUGAGCUGACUCAGGGAGAAAGGCAACUCAUUGAUGACCUCGUCCUUGUCAAGAAGGUGUACUACGAGCCCAUGCUGAAGUUGGACAUUAUGACAGAGAGUGAGCUUGGACAGAUCUUUGGUACACUGGACUCUCUCAUCCCUAUCCAUCAGGAUCUUCUGAGUCGCCUUGAGCGGCUGAGAGGAUCGGAGAAGACUGUCGGAGAGGUGGGGCCCACACUGAUGAACUGGUUCCCUUGCCUGGAGGCCUAUGUCACAUACUGCUGUAACCAGGUGGGCGCUAAAGCUCUUCUAGACCAGAAAAAGCAUGAAAAAAGAGUGGAGCACUUCCUGCGCCUGUGUCAGGAGUCUUCGUUCAGCAGGAAACUGGACCUGUGGAACUUCCUGGAUCUCCCUCGGAGCCGUUUGGUCAAAUACCCCCUGCUGUUGAAAGAGAUACAAAAGUGCACACCUCCAGACCACCCAGAUGAGGACACACUGCCUGAUGCUCUGGAGCUGAUCCAGAGCAUUGUGGCAGAGGUGAACAAGAAGACGGGAGAGGCGGAGUGUCAGUUCUACAGGCGGGGUCUCAGCUACCUGGAAGAGAGUCAGAGAUUACCAGAGAUCCAGCAGUCCCGCUUCCUCUACUGCCACGGAGAGCUCAAGAACAACAAGGGCCAGCGGCUGCAUGUCUUCCUGUUUGAGCUGGCUUUGGUACUGAGCAGACCGGCUGAGGACAGAGACGGAGGUCAGGUGUUCAAUGUGUACAGGCAGCCUCUACCCAAUGCCUUGUUAAAUCUGGAGGAGAUCCCUGAUGGUGAGGCUGGUGGAGGAAGCACCUUCAGGGGAGCCUUCACUGGAGGAAAUGAUAAAGUCAGGAACUGUUUCCGUGUGAGCAGCAGAGGGCGCUCCAAAGCUCACCCAUACAGCCUGCAGGCCAACGACUCCUUCAGCAAGCAGCAGUGGAUCACCUGUCUGCGCCAAGCCAUCGUCCAUUCACGAGAUAGGAUGGCUCAGACCAGCCAGUCGCAGCUCUCCCCUCACCCUGAUCCCGCCCUGUAUCACAUAGCCGAGCUCAGCCUCAGCUCGGACACAGAGAUGGCCGACCACACCGGCCGCUGACUGUUGGACUGAUCGUCAGGAGCCCUAUGGAGCAUCUAUACCAUGACAUGGGAGAAAAUGAAAGAUUGACUGUCUGAGAAAGAUGAUUGUGCUUAGACACACACAUAUCAAUUAAGAGAAUAUUAUUUUCAUGCAUUUUUUUUUUUUGAUGGAUUGUGUGAUUGUUGACAUGUGUACUGUACAGCUUGAGAAAAGUAUUACUGAAUGUGAAUUUUCAAUAUAAAAUGUUUUUGCUGUUUUGUUUUUUUUUUUUUUUUUUAAUAAACUGACACUUGAAAGUU